AACAAACCAGAAACAAGGAGACGAUAUUAUGUAGAAUGACACCCGAGCCCCUAGCUAGUAGCUACCCCUUUGAAUCUCUCUCAUCUCUCGUUCCCGAAUGCCAACCCUAAUCCUAAUCCUGAUUGAGCCCUCCCCAAAUCUAUAAUCUCAAUUGGGGUCAGGGUUAGGGUUUCCUCCUUUACUAUCAAAUAUCAAUGGCUUCUUCAUCAUCAACCGAUUCCCCGUCAAUAACAAUAAUGGUAUGUAUCAACGAGGCGUUGACGGACGACGAGCUCCGGUCGGUGCUAGCGAAGCUGGAGAGCCAGAGGGACAAGGAGGCUUUCGGGUUGGUCUGCAAGCGGUGGCUUCACUUGCAGAGCACGGAGAGGAAGAGGCUCUCCGCACGUGCGGGACCUCACAUGCUUCUCAAAAUGGCUGCCAGGUUCUACAGGGUCCUGGAGCUCGACCUCUCUCAGUCCAUUUCCAGGUCCUUCUAUCCCGGUGUCACCGACUCUGAUCUGCGUGUUAUUGCUGAUGGGUUUAAGUGCUUGAGACUCCUCAAUCUGCACAACUGCAAAGGAAUUUCAGAUGCCGGUGUCGUUUUCAUUGGCUCUGGUCUUCCAUCACUACAGUCCCUAGAUGUGUCAUAUUGUAGAAAGUUAACGGACAAAGGAUUAUCAGCUGUUGCCCAGGGCUGCGCAGACCUUCGGGGCCUUUAUCUUGCUGGCUGCAGAUUUGUUACUGAUGGGUUAUUGCGAGCCCUUUCAAAGAAUUGUUACCAUUUAGAAGAGUUGGGGCUCCAAGGUUGCACCAACAUAACUGACGCUGGACUUACUGAUCUUGUAAAUGGAUGCCAACAGAUCAAAGUUUUAGAUAUCAACAAAUGCAGCAAUAUUGGAGAUAGUGGAGUUUCCAGUGUCUCCAUGGCAUGCUCAUCUUCUCUGAAGACGCUGAAGUUGUUGGAUUGCUACAAAAUCAGUGAUGAGUCUAUAUUGUCGUUGGCCAGAUUCUGCAAAAAUCUUGAAACUCUAGUCAUUGGUGGCUGCCGGGACAUUUCAGAUGCAUCUAUAAAAUUGCUGGCUGUUUCUUGUAAGAGUAAUCUCAAGAACCUACGGAUGGAUUGGUGUUUAAAUAUCUCAGACUCUUCGUUGUGCUGUAUCCUUGCUCAGUGCAGAAACCUGGAGGUUCUCAACAUUGGGUGCUGUGAGGAGGUGACAGAUGUCGCCUUUCAGGGUUUAAAUGGUGGAGGUGACAUUGAGUUGAGUUUGAAGUUUUUAAAGGUGAGUAAUUGCCCAAAAGUAACGGUGGCAGGUAUAGCCAUGGUUUUGGACAAAUGUGAGACUUUGGAAUAUCUGGAUGUAAGGUCGUGCCCACACAUUACAAAGGCAGGUUGUGAAGAAGGGGGAUUGCGGUUUCCUGAACGUUGUAAAGUGAACUUCACAGGGAGUUUAGCUGAGCCUGAGGUGUUACUUUGUGAGUGAGCUGGCGGACACGGUCAGCCUCAGCAGGUCAAAAUUUGUGAGGGGGAGUUUACUUAAUCUGUUGGAAAGCUUGAGUGAUGACUGGUGAGGCUGGUUUUGAGCUAGCCUCUGCUCGCUUCUCCGUACUGGAUAAAUGAAAUGCUGGUUUGCUGGUUUGCUGGUUUGUUGUGUUGUGUGUUUAAUUCCUUCCUUCCUCAGUCGGAAGUCAGAAUAUUAAAAUCAUGUACAUCGUGAGUGGAAUAAAUUAUGUGGUCACUUGUUACUACUUAGUCUGAAUUUAUAAGCCAUAUGAAACUCA